AUGAAGUCCCUCUGGAAUAUCCUUUUGGCGACAACCCUGUGCUUACUCCUGCCUCUUCACACGUCGGCCUCUCCAGCCUCUGACGACCAGCCCAGCGCCAGAUACUCCAAUGGCCACACCUGUGUAGCCUGUGUGGCGGUGGUAUCGGUGAUUGAACAGCUUGCCCAAGUUCACAACUCCACGGUGGAGGCCUCAAUGGAGAGACUCUGCAGCUACUUGCCUGAAAAGCUGUUCUUGAAGACCACCUGCUAUUUAGUGAUAAGAAUGUUUGGACCGGACCUCGUUAAACUGCUUAGCACAGCUAUGAAUGCUGAUGUGGUGUGUCAUACCCUGGAGUUUUGUAAGCAGGACCCUGGCCAAUCAUUGUGUCAUCUCUACCCGCUUCCCAAGGAGCCGUGGAAAUUUACACUAAAGAAGGCGAGACAGAUUUUGAAGAAAUCCCCAACUCUGAAACAUACCAGAAGUAGUUCUGAUGUUUGUUCCCUCCCAUUUUUGGCCAAGAUCUGUCAGAGGAUUAAAUCAACUAUAGAAAAUUCUGUGCCAUUCAAAGAUGGAGAUUCAGACAAAUACAGCAUUUUCCCAACGCUGAGGGGCUACCACUGGCGAGGGAGAGACUGCAAUGACAGCAACAAGAUGGCAUACCCGGGCAGAAGGCCAGACAACUGGGAUGUACAUGAGGAUUCAAACUGUAAUGGCAUUUGGGGUGUUGAUCCAAAAGAUGGAAUUCCGUAUGAGAAGAAGUUCUGUGAAGGUUCACAGCCCAGGGGAAUCAUUUUGCUGGGAGACUCAGCUGGGGCUCAUUUUCGCAUCUCUCCCGAAUGGAUCACAGCUUCACAGAUGUCUUUGAAAUCCUUCAUCAAUUUACCAAUAGCUCUUACCAAUGAGCUCGACUGGCCCCAACUCUCUGGUGCUACUGGGUUUUUGGACUCCAUUAAUGGAAUUAAAGAAAACUCUAUUUACCUUCGAUUAUGGAAAAGAAACCACUGCAAUCACAGAGACUACCAGAAUAUUUCAAGAAAUGGUGCAUCUUCCCAAAACCUGGAGAGAUUUCUAGAAACUUUGUCUAGGAACCAACUGUUGGACCAUCCAGCCAUCGUCAUAUAUGCCAUGAUUGGAAAUGAUGUCUGCAAGGGGAAAGUUGACCCAGUCGCAGCAAUGACCACUCCUGAGAAAUUAUACUCCAGUAUCAUGCAGACUCUGAAGCAUCUAAAUUCCCACCUGCCAAAUGGCAGCCAUGUUAUUUUAUACGGCUUACCGGAUGGAACAUUUCUCUGGGAUAAUUUGCACAACAGAUAUUAUCCUCUUGGCCAGCUAAAUAAGGAUGUGACCUAUGCACAUUUCUACUCCUUCCUGAACUGUCUCCAGGUCAGCCCCUGCCACAGUUGGAUGUCCUCCAACAAGACGCUCCGGACUCUCACUUCAGAGAGAGCAAAACAACUCUCCAAUACACUGAAAAAAAUUGCAACCAGCCAGAAAUUUACAAACUUUGAUCUUUUCUACAUGGACUUUGACUUCCAAGAAGUCGUAGACGAGUGGCGGAAGAGAGGCGGGCAGCCCUGGCAGCUCAUUGAACCAGUCGAUGGAUUCCACCCCAGUGAGGUGGCUUCACUGCUAUUGGCAGAUCACUUCUGGAAGAAGGUGCAGCUCCAGUGGCCCCAGGUUCUGGGAAAGGAGAAUCCAUUCAACUCUCAGAUUGAACAGGUGUUUGGAGACCAAGGGGGCCACUGAGUGCCUCCAGGAUAUGCACUCCUGGAAAGCUCAGGGAGGCAAGAACUUGGCUAAAUUCAUUCAACAAAUGGUUAUGGGGCUGCCAUUUUGCAGGCCCAUAGGACCCUCUUUAGCAGCAACUUUGCAAAGUGCUUUUCUCUCAUUCUGGAGUCUGAAUGACAGCGUGAUUCUGAGUGUUUCAGGGAGCAGUUCCCUCCGUUUGUCCUUCAAAUCACCUUUAAUAAAGUGUUGUGGAUGCCAUUCCAAGCAGAGAGAUAAUCUGUGCCCUUUAAUAGCUAAUUGUUCUAAAA